AUGACCGCCAUGGUCGAGUCCACCAAGGAAGCGGCUGCGGCCAAGACGGUGUCGGUGGAAGCGCACGAUGCCGACCAACUGCGCCUGCAGCAGAUGGGCCACGAGCAGGAGCUCAAGCGGCACUUUACGGUUUGGAGCUUGAUCGGCUUGGCCUCGACGACGACCAUUUCUUGGACCGGCUUGGGUCUUGGGCUGAUCACCGAGAUCAACGCGGGCGGGCCCGGGGCGGUCAUCUACGGGUUCAUCCUGGUGUGGAUUCUGCAGUGCUUCCUGGGCGCGUCGCUGGCCGAGUUCGUGUCGGCGUAUCCCACCGAGGGCGGCAUGUACCACUGGGUGGCGGCCAUCGCGCCGCGCCGGCACAGCGGCUUCCUCUCGUUCAUCACGGGGUGGUGGAGCUGCUGCGGCUGGAUCUUCACCACGGCCUCGACCAACCUGGUCUACGCCCAGAACUUCAUGGCCCUCAUCGCCCUGUACCGCACCGAGCUCGUCAUCAAGGCGUGGAUGACGUUCGUCGUCUACCAGGUCACCAACCUCGCCACGGCCAGCAUCGUGCUGUUCGGCAACCGCAUCAUCCCCGCGCUCAACCGCUUCUCCCUCUUCUACCUCCAGCUCGCCUGGUUCGUGCUGAUGGUGACGGUGGCGGCGUGCGCGCCGCGACACAACAGCGCCACCUUCGUCUUCCGCACGUGGAUCAACAACACGGGCUGGCACAACCCGGCCAUCUGCUUCAUCACCGGCCUCGUCAACCCGCUGUACUCGCUCGGCGGGCUCGACGGCAUCACGCACAUCACCGAGGAGAUGCCCGACCCGUCGCGCAACGCCCCGCUCGCCCUGCUCAUCACCCUCGCCAUCGCCCUCGUCACCGGCCUCACCUACCUCGUCGCCCUCAUGUUCUCCGUGCAGGACUACGCCGCCCUGGCCGCCACCUCGACCGGGCUCCCCCUCGCCGAGCUCUUCCGCCAGGCCACGUCGUCCACCGGCGCCGCCUUCGCCCUCGUCUUCCUGCUCUGGAUCGCCCUCGGCCCGUGCAUGGUCGGCUCGCAGCUCAGCACCUCGCGCGUCGUGUGGGCCUUUGCGCGCGACGGCGGCCUGCCGUGGUCGCGCCAUCUCGCCCGCGUCAGCGCCCGCUUCGCCGUGCCCUUCAACGCCCAGCUGCUCGUCACGGCGUGCUGCGCCGCCCUCGGCUGCCUCUAUCUCGGCAGCUCGACCGCCUUCAACGCCAUGCUCGGCUCCGCCGUCACCAUCAACAACAUCGCCUACCUCGUCCCGCUCGCGACGAACCUCGCCCAGCGCCGCCGCGUGCUCGUCCGCGGCAAGUUCCACAUGGGCGCGUGGAAGGGGCUGGUGGUCAACGCCGUCGCCGUCGGCUGGCUGUGCUUUGCCAUCGUCUUCUUCAGCUUCCCGUACGUCCAGCCCGUGAGCGCCGAGAACAUGAAUUACACGUGCGUCUGUGUGGGCGGCAUCGCCGUCAUCGCCCUCACCUGGUGGUUCGUCGCCGGCGCCACCUUCACCGAGAUGAUGGAGCGGGCCCGGGAGGAGGAUGCGGCCAAGCGGGAGGCGGCCGAGGCGGCGUUGAGGGGCAAGGUUGCUGUUGGCAAGGCGGGGGAGGAGUGA